AUGAAGGUGAAGAAGAGCGGCGGGGCCGGGGCGGCGGCGGCCAGGACCGAGGAGGAGCUGGGCCGAAAGGCGCUCAUCGGGCCCGACGACGUGCUGGGGCUGCAGCGGGUCACCAGCGAUUAUUUGUGCACUCCUGAGGAAAAUGUUUACAAGAUAGACUUCACCAGGUUCAAAAUCCGGGACAUGGAAUCUGGCACAGUCUUGUUUGAAAUCACCAAGCCAGCAGCUUCAGAGCGGGAGCACAAUGACAGGAAGGACGUGGACCCCAACGCCGGACGCUUCGUGCGCUAUCAGUUCACGCCGGCCUUCCUCAGGCUGCGGCAAGUGGGAGCCACGGUGGAAUUCACAGUAGGGGACAAACCCAUUAAUAAUUUCCGUAUGAUUGAGCGGCACUACUUCCGUGACCAGCUGCUGAAAAGUUUUGAUUUUGAAUUUGGCUUCUGCAUCCCCAGCAGUAAAAAUACUUGUGAGCACAUCUAUGAAUUCCCCCAGCUCUCGGAGGAUCUCAUUCGAGAGAUGAUCCUGCACCCCUACGAGACACAGUCGGACAGUUUCUACUUUGUAGACAACAAGCUGGUGAUGCACAACAAGGCAGAUUAUUCCUACAGUGGAGGACCUUGAGCGUGGUGGGCUGGACGGCCCCAGCCGCGCUGGCUCCCCUUCCCUCUGGAAGUCGUCAGGGAUCCCAACACCUCCAGCUCCUGCAGUGUCACCUGGACAAGGAUCCACCAACCAAGGACUCUUUGCCGCAGUAGGAGUUUCAUGACAUCUCUUCUGAGCUCUGAAGCAGACCUGGCUCUUCAGAAGUUUUAAGCUAAAAAUGAUCUUUGGAUACCACUUCCCUAAGUUCUUUUGAGUGUCUGCUUUGAAAAUGGCCUUGUGGGACCUGAGGGGUUUUGCCCUAGUUCUGUGAGUUUUAUGUUCUUGCCCUCGAGUAUCUUUUAGGAUUGCUUGAUUGCUUUCCCAAAAAAUGUAAUCAGAGAAACCACGGCAGUGGAUGGAUGCAGAGGUUUGAGUGGUUGUAUCUCUUUGUGAAUGCUUCAAAGGCCAAUUUAACUUGUCCAGCCUGUUGAAAAUAUCGAGCAAAACAUCUCACAAAGGCAAGCUUCAUCUUCAGACUGGCUCUCUCCACGAGUAUUUCAUCCUUUAGUGUCAAUCCUUCUGUGUAAUGUUCUGUUUAACCUUGGAAACACCAAAACCUGCAAUGAAGAGCAGUAGUUCAGUGACAGAGCUGUGUUAAUUGGGUGUUUUUGCAUUUACAUUCCUUUUACAUUUCAGAUGAAGGUAAAAUGGCAUUGUGGGUCUAUGAACCUCCAUAAAUACAUUCCACUGAUUUCAGGUUUUUUUUGCAGAAUAAUUAGGAAAACCAGGAGGAUUUUAGCUUUAUUUAACAUUUUUGCUGUAUUUAACAUUCAGCCUUUUCCUCCCAUGUCUAUUUUUUUCAUCUCUGCUCGAUACCAAGAUAAGAACUUCAGCACUGCUUGUUAGAGCAACAUUUUAAAUGUCUAGGGCAGCUGGGGAGUGUGGAAUUUCCAAUUUUCUAUGUGUAUCUGCAUUUAAAGGAGGUUAAGACAGCGUUUUCCCUUUGUUAAAAACGUUUCUCAUCAGAUAAUAAUACAGGUGAAGCUAAAUCUAAUAAUCUACAAGUUUAACACACAGGAAAAAAAUUUAGCAAGAGUUCUCUCUUCUCUUCUGGAAGAAGUUUAACACCAAUUUAACCCAAGAAAUAGCAACACCAAGAAUAAACUAGUGUGGGGUGACUUGUUGUCAUGAAACCCUUACUCUGAAGGUCAGUUCACUGAUACUUAAAAAAAAAAAAAAAAAAGAAAAAAACAACAAAAAUAAAAGACAGUUGCAGUCUGUAGAUAUUUCUAUAAAUACUUGAUGUCUCCAUGUCUAAUUCUGUGAGUUGAAGUGGAACAUUCUAUGUUAGCCUCAGAUAGGUGUAAUAACUGUAAUAAUUUUUAUAAAAAUACCAUUUCCAGUCGUGAUGAGCAUCUCUGUAGUCGCAGCCUGUGUCAGACAGGACUACAAAACAAUUCCAACUGUAGCCUAAGGCCAGGGAGGUUUUUGUGCUCUUGUUGGGGUUGUGGUCACUUUUCAGUGUGUCACCAUUUGUUUUUGGCUUGGCUUUUUUGACUGCUGAGAGAGGAAGCAGUUUCUUUAAAAAAAACCAAACCAGUGAUUUUAGGUUACAGCACAGUUUUUAUUAAGCUUGGUAGCUACAAAAGUGUGUCAAGUUCACUGGUUUUACACAAGUAGUAGCUUGUAGUAAUUCUUAUCACAGUGAGACUUGUGUUUAUCACUAUUUUUUGUCUCUAGUGUGUUAAAUCAUACAAGUAGCCUACGGCUGACUGAUCAGUUUGAGAGAUACAAA